AUGGCCGAAAAAUCCACUUUCCCCAUUCAAUUUCCCCAUCUUACCAAAACCAAUUACAAAAAUUGGUGCAUUCGUAUGAAAGCCUUGCUUGGAUCCCAAGAUGCUUGGGAUAUUGUCGAUAAAGGCUACGAGAUUGCCGUAGAGGAUUCUCGGUUAUCUCCUGCUGAAAAGGAGGUAUUGAGAAAAAAUAGAAAGAGUGAUCAAAAGGCACUCACUUUAAUUCAUCAAUGUCUUGAUGAAUCGAUGUUUGAUCAAAUAGCAGAUGCUACCACGGCGAAGGAAGCAUGGGAUAUCUUGCAAAAGGAAAUGCAAGGCGUAGAACCAGUAAAGAAGGUUCGACUUCAGACACUAAGGGGAGAUUUUGAAGCUAUUAAAAUGAAGGAAGGUGAAUCUGUUUCAGAUUACACCGCCCGUGUGAAGUCAGUCGUCAGCAAACUGAAGCAAUAUGGGGAGAAAAUUGAAGAGACCAAAGUAGUGGAGAAAAUUCUACGGUCAUUAUUACCAAAGUUUGACUAUGUGGUGGUGGCCAUGGAGGAAGCUAAGGACGUGUCAAAAUGA